UUAUUCCUCUUAUCUAUUUUAAUUGUCAUUGUCUUCUUUCAGCAAUCCCACAAUAAAUUUAAAAAAAAAAGGAAACAAUGGCCACAGGUGUGUUUUUUACGCAGCCAAGAAAGAAGGGAUCUGUUGCGAAGGGAUCUGUUUGCAGCCGAUGUUACGGACACUUUUGUUGUUACACACAAACGUCGGUCGGACCAAUCAGAGGACGCUGCUUCAACAACGUCAUUCCGUAUACGUAACGAACUGUCAUGGAAGCCCCCAUGCGCACAAUUAGGCUCCAGCUAUACCACAGUAUUGCUAUACCAUAGUAUGCUAUACCAUAGUAUACGCUAUACCAUAGUAUACGCUAUACCAUAGUAUAGUCUACCCCGGUAUAUCUCUCGGAGAUGAGGUAUCUGCUCAGACUGGGGUCGCCGUUUGCUCGGCUUCACAUCCGUCUGUGUCACCAGAGUGUCUACAGCAGCCAUGCAAAUCCUCGAAGAGUGGGAGUAGAUAUCGGGGAGAAGAAACUUGAGAUCACUUCUGGGAGGUUUGCCAGAUUUGCUGAUGGAUCUGCUGUAGUUCAGCUGGGGGAGACGUCUGUGAUGGUGACUGCUGUUAGCAAAACCAAACCUUCUCCGUCUCAGUUCAUGCCUCUGGUGGUGGACUACAGGCAGAAAGCAGCAGCUGCUGGUCGAAUCCCCACUAACUAUUUGAGGCGAGAGCUGGGCACCACUGAUAAUGAGAUUCUCACUAGCAGACUCAUAGACAGGUCAAUUAGACCUCUUUUCCCUGCUGGUUACUUUUAUGACACUCAGAUCCUUUGUAACCUGCUAGCUGUUGAUGGUGUCAAUGAUCCAGAUGUGCUGGCUAUCAAUGCAGCCUCUGCUGCUCUGGCCCUGUCUGACAUCCCCUGGAACGGACCUAUUGGCGCUGUUCGUGUGGGCAUGGUAGAUGGAGAGUUGCUGAUCAACCCCACUCGGGCGGAGAUGACUUCCAGCAGUCUCAACUUGAUUGUGGCUGGAGCCCCCAGCAGUCAAGUGGUGAUGAUUGAGGCGUCGGCUGAGAACGUGCUGCAGCAGGACUUCUGCCAUGCGGUUAAGGUCGGAGUCAAACACACCCAGCAGAUCAUACACGCCAUCCAGCAGCUGGUGCGGGAGCAGAAAGUAACCAAGCGCACCCCGGUCAAAGUCUUCUCAGCCCCAGCUGACAUGGUGGAACAUGUUCGGAAAUUGGCUUCAGACAGGAUCUAUGCUGUUUUCACAGAUUACACCCAUGAUAAGAUUUCUAGAGAUGAAGCUAUCAACAAAGUUCGACUAGAAACCGAAGAGGAUCUAAAAGAAAAAUUUCCUCAAGCUGAACCUUUUGAAGUGAUUGAAUCCUUCAACAAUGUGAGCAAAGAAAUUUUCCGCAAUUUAGUGCUGAAUGAGUACAGGAGGUGCGAUGGGAGGGAGUUGACUGCUUUAAGGAACAUUUCUUGCAGCGUGGACCUCUUUAAACCGCUCCAUGGCUCAGCUCUGUUCCAGAGAGGACAAACACAGGUGCUGUGCAGCGUCACGUUUGAUUCCCUGGAGUCCAGUGUCAAGACAGACAUCAUCACCACAGCUUUGAGUGGCAUCAAAGACAAAAACUUCAUGCUUCAUUAUGAAUUCCCUCCAUAUGCAACCAACGAGAUUGGAAAGAUGGGAGGUAUAAACAGGAGAGAGCUUGGACAUGGGGCCCUGGCUGAGAAGGCUCUGAGACCAAUCAUUCCUAAAGACUUUCCUUUCACUAUUAGGGUCACUUCUGAGGUGUUGGAGUCAAAUGGAUCCUCAUCAAUGGCCUCAGCUUGUGGAGGAAGCCUUGCUCUAAUGGAUGCAGGUGUGCCCAUCUCUUCUGCUGUGGCAGGUGUCGCUGUUGGCCUCAUCUCUAAACCCACCCCAGAGAAACCUACUGAGAUCCAAGACUACAGAUUACUUACUGAUAUUCUGGGAAUUGAGGAUUACCUCGGAGACAUGGACUUCAAAUUGGCAGGAACAAACAAAGGCAUCACUGCUUUACAGGCUGACGUGAAGAUUCCAGGUUUGCCUCUGAAGGUGGUCAUGGAGGCUAUUCAACAGGCCACAGUGGCAAAGAGGGAAAUCUUGGGCAUCAUGAACAAAUGUAUUGCAAAACCAAGAGAGACAAGGAAGGAUAAUGGACCUGUUGUUGAGAACGUGCGGGUCCCUGUCUCCAGACGAGCACGCUUCGUCGGUCCAGGAGGCUAUAACCUUCGCAGGCUACAAGCUCAAACAGGUGUGACAAUAAGUCAGGUGGACGAGGAGACUUUCUCUGUGUUUGCACCAACGCCAGGAGCCAUGAGCGAAGCCCAAGAGUUCAUCAGUGAGAUCUGCAAAGAUGAUCAAGAACAGCAGCUAGAAUUUGGUGCCAUCUACACCGCCACCAUCACUGAAAUAAGGGACAUCGGUGUCAUGGUGAAACUCUAUCCCAAUAUGAGCGCUGUCCUGCUGCACAACUCACAGCUGGACCACAAACGGAUCAAACAUCCAAGUGCUUUGGGUUUAGAGGUCGGACAGCAGAUCCAGGUCAAAUUCUUUGGACGGGACCCAACAGACGGCAGAAUGAGACUUUCACGGAAGGUGCUCCAGUCUCCUGCUGCAACUGUUGUCAAGACACUGAGUGAGAAACAGAGUAUCUCCAUGCGAUCAAACAACAAUCACACAACCAACACAGAUUUGUGACACGACAACACAACAGGCUAAUUGUUUCUGGUUUUGCCAACAAACUGGAUUUAACGUCAUUGCCACAAAACAGUCCUGCAAAGAAGAUGUCAUCACAAACUGAACCAGUGUCUACCAGUGUUUACCUUACUGUUGUGGGUAUAUGGACAUGAUUGAACUGCACUGGAGUGACCUGCAGCUUAUCAAAGUGUCCUGUUGACAUUGUGUUACAAUGAAUGUGGACGAACCGAGAAGAACACUCGGAUAAUAACAGGCAGGAGACACACGUUUUCAAGAAUUAUAAAUUAGCAUCCCGUGUUUAUGUUGUGUUGUUUUCUGAUUUAAUACCUCAGCUAGCCUUGACAUUAUCAAGCAGUAAGAGGUUUACAUUUCUUUCAGUUUCGCCCAACACAGUCAUCCAGUAGGCACAACAAAGUCUAACAAUGGUUUCGUUAUUCACACACGUGAUUAAAACUGCGCCUUGUGGUAUACCACUUCCAUGUUUGGUGUCCACUGUGGUGGUGUGCCUUUUGAGCUGCCAGGAUCUGGUUAUAGACAAAAAAAAGCGAAGCGAGAGAAGAGUACAGUUAGUAUUUUUUUAAUAUUCCUUGUAUGCUGUGUUGCCUUUACCGUAUAUAUGAGUCAUCUGUAAAUAAAACAGUGACGGGUUGCUUUGUAGCAUGAAAGUUCACCACUGUUUCUAGAAAACGACUAAACAAAACCACAAAGAACCAGACUUUAAUCAUUCUGAUGUGAAAUGUUGUAAGAGAGAGCCAACAAAGAAUUAAACCUGAGUCCCACCAUGUAAAACGUUUUGAGAGAAGGGUCCAAACAAUCAAUUGAUGUGGUAUGAAACCAGAUAUAGUAAAAGUCUAAUUUUAGACUAUAAAUCACAAGGUACAAGAUAGAAUUAAGUAAAGUGGAUGGUUAAUUUAUUGAAAGAUUGAUCGUUAAGGACAGAAUUACCCACCCUGAGGCCUGCCUGCUUGUCUCACUGAUGGAAAUAGAAAGACUCUUCAUCAACUGUGGCUGUAAUUCUGCAGCUGCUUGACAGACAUAAUUUUCAGCCUCUGAACUCCUAAAUAAACAGAUGGUAAAAAGACAGUUUCUCUUUAACACCUGGGAGAUGAAUACAGCCCUGAAAUAGUGAAACACCCAUGUCAUGAGCUGCUGUGUCACCAUCAGACACUACCUGCGUCUGAGGCCUUUAUGGUGAUUUAUGUGGGUUUUU